UGAAACGGAACACACGUACAUUUUGUUUUCAAAAAAUCUCUGUGAAAUGAAACUAAUAUUACCGAUUAAAUUCAAAUAAGCUACGUGAAAAUGCUUUCACGGUUUAGAAAUUAUAUGUUACCGUAUUUAUAUCUAUACCGGCGGUCCAUUUCGUCCACGACUAGAAUAAUUCUGAAGGAAAACUUGUCCGCUGCGGCGUACAAGCCAGAAGAUGUGGAAAAAGACAAAUACAAUCAAUGGGAAUGGAAGGGCUUGUUCAAAGCCGAGAAUUUAAGCGACAAGCCUCCUUUCAGCAUGGUUCUUCCACCUCCGAACGUCACAGGAAAACUGCAUUUAGGUCACGCUCUAGCUUGCACCAUUCAAGAUGUGACCGUCAGAAGAAAGAGGUCACUAGGCUUCAAUGUGCUCUGGCUACCUGGCACUGACCACGCUGGAAUAGCUACUCAGGGUGUUGUAGAAAAGUAUUUGCAUAGCAAGAAAGGAAUGGACCGAUUAACGAUUGGCCGUGAGAAAUUCAUCAACGAAGUUUGGAAGUGGAAAGAAAAGCAUGGAGACACAAUUUGUGAACAGCUACGAACCCUUGGCUGCUCUUUGGAUUGGUCAAGACAAAAGUUCACGAUGGACCCCAAACAUUCAAACGCAGUUAAUACAGCGUUCAUAAGAUUAUUCCAAAAAGGCCUCAUUUACCGGAAGAAGGCUCUAGUCAACUGGUGUAAUGCAUUAAAAUCUACAGUGUCCGAUAUAGAAGUUGAGAAUGAGACUAUAAAUGGAUCAACAGAUAAGGUGAUACCAGGAUAUGAUAGGCCCAUCAGAUUUGGUCUCAUGUACAGCUUUGCAUAUAAACUGUUCGAUCCACCGUCAGAAGAAAUAGUAGUCUCUACAACAAUGCCUGAAACGAUGCUGGGUGAUGUGGCUAUUGCAGUUCAUCCACAUGAUUCCAGGUAUAAACACCUUAUCGGUAAGCAAGUUAUUCACCCAUUUCGAAACGCCACAAUACCCAUCGUAGCAGACGAUUUCGUCGACAUGGAAUUCGGGACUGGAGCCGUGAAAAUAACGCCAGCGCAUAGCAAAGUUGACUACGACAUCGCCAAACACCAUCACUUGCCUCUACUACAAGUUAUCGACGAGAAUGGCUGCAUGAAAAACUGUGACAAAUACAAUAACCACAAAAAGUACGAUUGCAGAGAAAUUAUCGUCCAAGCGUUAGAAAAUUCUGGACUCCUCAGAGCAGUGAAACCACAUCCAAUGACGUUACCAGUGUGCAGCCGGACUGGUGACGUCAUAGAGUAUUUGCCGAAGGAACAGUGGUUUUUAUCGUGUAGUGCAAUAAACGAGAGAAUCUCAGAAAUUUUAAAAGAGGGGAAAUUAAAAAUUGAACCAGAAAAGUUCGUCAAACAAUGGUUAAAUUGGACUGGGGAUGACAGAGAUUGGUGCAUAUCACGGCAGCUCUGGUGGGGUCAUCAAAUUCCCGCCUACAAAUGCAGCGUCGAAAAAAGUGUCAUCUGGAUCGCAGCUAACGAUGAGAUGGCAGCCAAACAGCAAGCAUCCAAAUUCCUACGAACAUUGCCUGGGGAGAUCAAGGCAGAAAGAGAUACUGAUGUCCUAGACACUUGGUUCUCCUCAGGCAUAUACCCAUUCGCUGUUUUGGGAUGGCCCGAGCAUUAUUACAACGAGGACUACAGAGAAUUCUACCCAUUAGAUCUUAUGGCCACUGGACACGAUAUCUUAGGUUUCUGGGUACACAGAAUGGUGAUACUUGGCUUGGAACUAACAGACAAGUUACCAUUUAAUAAAGUCUUGCUACAUGGAAUCAUUUGCGAUAACAAGGGCGCUAAAAUGUCCAAGAGCAAAGGCAACGUCAUUGACCCACUCGACGUCAUCAACGGGAUAUCGAUGGGUAAACUCAAGGAGAAAACGGAGGAUAUGCACAAAAACGGAAUUUUGAGCAAGGAAGAAAUGAACAAGGCGUUGGAUUACCAUAAAUCUAAUUUCUCCAACACAAACGGCAUUCCCCAGUGUGGAGUUGAUGCUUUGAGAUUCACUCUCCUCUCGCAAGACGUGAAAUCUCAUUUUGUCAAUUUUGAUGUGGCCAUGUGCCAUUCCAACAAACUUUUCUGCAACAAAAUCUGGCAAAGUGUCAAGUACACCCAGUUAUCCUACAACAAACUGGGCGUUAUCGAAGAUAAAAUAACUUUAGACGAUCUCACAUAUUUCGACAAGUGGAUUCUUAGCCGACUCGCGGAUAUGGUAGAAAAAGUCAACGUGUCUAUGGAUACCUAUAAUUUCCAUAUAGCAACGAAAGCUCUGAGGAGUCUUAUCUACAAUGAAUUUUGUGAUGUGUACCUAGAAGCUACGAAACCAGGUUUUGAUAGUGAUAACAAAAAAAUGGGAUUCGCACACGCUCACACUCUUUCCGCAGUUUUGAAUACGUCGCUAAGGUGUCUUGCACCUUUUAUGGCAUAUUUAACGGAUGAACUCAUCCCUAAAAUUCCUGCCUUUCAAAGAAAUAUCAUCAUAAACUUCAAUGACAGUGGGAAACCAUAUUUAGACUUUCCAAAACCUGAAGACUUCAACGUUUGGAAGAAUUUAGACUUAGAAGGGAAAGUAGGGAAACUGUUGAGCGCCAUAAAUCUAGUCAGAGAAUUGAGAGGUUUCUACGGGAUUUCGAAUAAAUUUAAGCCGGCAAUACAAUUUUGUACCUCUGAUGAAACGCUGGUGUCGGAUAUAAAAUAUAAUGAGAGAAUUGUACUGAAUUUAACCAGAUGUGGUCUUCUUCAUUUCGAUGCUGAAGCUGCGAAAAACUGCGUCAGUGGCAUUUUGGAUAAAGACACUAAAGUGUGCGUAGAAAUUAUUGGAGAUAAUGUAGACAGCACCAUAUUGGCUGCUAGAGAUAAAUUGAUAAAGAAAAUUGACAAGCUGCAAGAAGCUAUAUCGAAGUUGGAAGAAAAACAAAAUAAUCCACAUUAUUUGAACUCCGCGUCGGAAUGGACGAAAGUCUUAGAUAAGGAAAAGUUAUUGACGAAACAACAAGAACUGAAGCAACUUAAAAGACUGAUUUAAACGUUUUAUUAUUCGACAUUAAAUUUAAUAACAUGCGCGCGCGCGGGCUUUUGACAAAUGAAAUGGGCGGAGCCUAACGCUGAUUUUGGAUAUAAUAUCUAUCUCGCUCAUUUAAGCCUUGAGUGAGAGGGAUGGAUAGUUCCGAAAAUUCGCACGUGUUUUUGGAUGGUGUAAUUACACCAUACAAUAAUAUUUAUUGCAGAUGUUGUAUUUGUCCUGUGUAGGUAUGACUUUGUUAGUUAAAUUAAAAAUGUGCAUUUGUUAAUUUUAAAAUCUUUAUUUUAUAAAAUCAAUAAAACUUUAAUUUUACAACAAUCGUUUUAUUAGAGCUAUGAAUUGACUAACAACAACAAGAGUGGCCCCUCUGAACAUAAACUUAGAUCAAGAAGGUAUUUUCAAAAUGCCUUUUUUAGACCACCACUACAUACUAGGCGAAUACAGUUUAAAAUAACUUUAAAAGUAAAACAAAAAAAAAUAUUUACAAUGAAAACAUUCAUAAAAAAUCUUGAUGGAACUUAACAGCUUACAUAAUGUUUUUUUUUUUUUUGGAUAUGAACCUUUCUAUGCUACAUUUAUAUUACACUUAUACAGGGCGUUAUAUUUGUAGUUAGAUGUUUAUUGAAAUUCAAGUUAGCAAAUUUUCAUUAGGUACUUUCUUUAUAUUUUUUUUAAGAAAACAAUAAUGUAGAAGGUUCUUGAAUAAAUAAACAUUAUAACUUUAAAAUAUAGAUUGAAAGCAAUUUAAAAUUUAUAAGACCAAACAGUUUUUAACAGCUAGUAGUAAAAUAAAACUGUAACUUCAUUUUAACGCUAUUAAUGUAUCCUGUAUCUCUAGCAUAAAAACUUUCGGCUUCGAAUCCCCAUCAAAAGAUCUAUUACGAAAACUAAAACAGCGCCCUUGUGAACGUGUCGUAAAGUGAACUUAUAAGAAAUGUUAGCACGAAACUCAUUUUGACGAUCAAAAUUGUCUCGUUAACGUUGAAUUCGAAGGCUGAAUAUCGACAUUAUCACAUUUGUUUAGCAGAUGCCAAUCAAUAUCAGAUGUCUUUGUGUUGUUAUGUCCACUGUUUAACACAAAUGGAGUCAGGGAAAAAAUACAGAACACUGCAUUGUUGAUUUUGAAAUACCUAGAAACAAUUUGAGACUUAGUAAAAUGAUUUUUAAGAGCCAAUCAAGGCAAGAAUACUCAUAAACUAUUUUGGGCAUGAAAUAAACAGCCUAGAAAAGUCUAAUACAAUGAAUAAAGUUCAUUAAAAUCCUACACUCUAAGGUUUCUUUAUUAAAUAAAUCCUUUCACAUAAACUAUUACGGUACAA